AUGCGACCAAUUGGCGAAACCCUCCUACAAGCUAUUAGCCGGUUGCAGUCACUAGAACGCAAGUUUAGUCGCGACCCAAGUCUCAAGAGAGAGUAUAUCGCUUUCAUGGACGAGUACCUGAAGAGCGGUCAUAUGGAAGUACUCAACACGCAGCAGAUCGACGAGCAGCCCGACGGUUGUUUCAAUCUGCCGCAUCACACCGUCUUGAAACCGGAAAGCACCACUACCAAAUGCCGAGUGGUGUUUGAUGGAUCUGGAAAAGAUAGUAGCGGAGUGUCACUCAAUGAGAGUCUUCACAUUGGGCCUCCCAUUCAACGUGAUCUAUUUGGUGUCUGCCUUCGAUUCAGACAACAUCGUUAUGUUUGCUGUUCGGAUAUAGAAAAGAUGUUUCGCAAAAUAGAGGUUGCUUCCCAUCAUACAAACUAUCAACGGAUUAUCUGGCGCAGUUCCACAAUGGACCCUAUGCAGCAUUAUCGAUUGCGUACUGUUACCUACGGAUUGGCGCCUUCACCCUUCUUGGCUGUAUGGGUUUUGAAACAAUUGGCCAUAGAUUAUGAAGCGAAAUAUCCACUAGCCGCGCGAGUCCUAGCGCGCGAUGCGUACGUGGAUGACAUUUCAACUGGAUGCAAUUCAGUUGGCGAACUAAUCGAAUUAAAAUAUCAACUGAUUUCUUUACUAGAUGAAGGAAAUUUCAAGUUGAGAAAAUGGAGUUCGAAUAGCUGGAGUUUCUUGAAGUCAAUACCGAAAGAAGAUUGUUUACAUGGACAUGCGUCGAUCGAGGACAACGUUAAAGUAUUGGGCAUUCCUUGGAAUCCUGGUCGAGAUGAGCUAUUGGUUAAUACACCGAUGAUUGCAACCAAACAUGCCCCUAGCAAACGGGCGCUAUUAUCGGAUCUGUCAAAAGUCUUCGACCCACUGGUCUUUGAUGCGCCUACCACUGUGUUGUUAAAGCUAAUAUUCCAACAAUGCUGGUUCAGCGCUAUUAGCUGGGAUGACCCAAUACCGGAAACUCUUCGAAGGCGAUAG